AUGGUUCUUCAGUUCAAGACAAAUGGCUUUAACUGCUAUGGCGUUGCCUUCAGUCCACAUCACCCGCGAAGACUGGGCUGUGUUUCGGCGCAGAACUACGGCAUCGCCGCUGAGUACGGGAGUUUGCCGCUGGGUAACAUACUGAACACAACGAGUGAAAGCCAACCAAACAUCGUGUGGACGGUUAGCGCCAAUGGCUUCAUAUAUGUCUGGGAGUUGAGCAGCGCUUCCACUGAUCGGCCCAUUUGUGCCCUAAGAGGUCAUAAUCAGGAGAUCUAUUCAAUCAAUUGGUCGCCGCGAGUGUUCGACACUCAGUACGUGUUGACCGUAUCGUCCGAUAUGUCAUCUAAGGUAUGGGACGCGUCGACCGCACAACCGAUCCACGCAUUUGUAGGCCACGAAAGCAUUGUAUACUGCGGUCAGUGGUCGCCAUUCAUCGCCAAUACGUUUGCCACCGCUUCCGGUGACUCGACACUCAAGAUCUGGUCAUUAAAACAAAGCCAACCGAUGCUUAACAUAAGCCAAGGCCAGAGUGAAAUACUGUCGUGUGAUUGGAAUAAAUUCAAUCAAUUCCUGAUCACAACGAGUGAUACAAACGGUUUGAUCAAUGUUUGGGACAUCAGAGCACCGCUUCAUCCGAUGCACACACUCUCCGGUCACACAAAAGCCGUCAAAUGUGUCAAAUUCUCGCCACACAGAGAUUCAGUGAUCGGAUCCACUUCUUAUGACAUGACCACUCGCUUGUGGGACAUCAACACAAACAAUGGACUGGUCUUCACAUCGCAGGCGCACACGGAGUUCGUGUUUGCUCUGGACUUCAAUCGUCAUGUUAUUGACCAAAUGGCCGAUUGUUCGUGGGAUCAGUUCGUUAAUGUCUUCUCAUAUUCAUCACAAUAUAAUACCAGAAACCAGUUGUAAAGACAUUCCUUAAAUACCAUUUAU